AUGAAGGCGGAGCUCCAUGCUUGUGAGAAACUUUUACAUCCAGUCUAUGGGGCAAUCUCAAAUGAUAGCAUCUGUCUUCAUACAAUUGGAUUGAAUCGGACUGCCCGACUAUUGCUGUCCCCGGCUGCCCCCCCACUCUGGGCCCCGCCCAAAGCCCCCAAGACGGCGGCGAAAGAUUCCGGGCUAAUUUAUAUUGCUCAGAAUGCCGUCCGCCAUCCUGAAAGUCCGCUUGAACCGCUUUUCCGUUCACUGUACAUCGAAAACCCAUCGUAUCGCAUAAACCAGGUUGACUUGAUCAGCGAUCGAAACAAUAUUCGCAAACUUCUGUCUUUUAUCAACCCGAAGUUCUCGAGAAGUGGCUUGGAGCCUUUCACCAUUGAAGUUGAAGUCAUAGGAAAUACAGCCGUUUUCUGUCGGGCGGAAACCAAAACAUAUGAGUUUAUUGGGCCGAAUGAAUUCAGAGGCUAUGGUCACGAGUUCGAGAAAGCCUUUACAAAGCCCCAAGUGCCUGGCAGCACAGGACAUCAUCGGGUCGUCUCCUAUAACCUGGGCGGACUGAAAUUCGUAGUCCGCUACGAGACAGAUGCGUACGAUGGAGAGGACCUAGGACGCCAGCGUGAAAAGUUGAAUUCGGAAGAGGACAGUAUCCUGAACGUGAUGCAAAGCCUGUCUUUGUCGCGACACGGAAGCCAUUCCCGCGCGACGGUCGGAUCCAAAUUAGUCGUUCAGAAAACUGGAAAAGAGGUCCCUCCCGAUUCCACCCUUGAAAUCAAGACGCGCGUGUCUCAUAAGCAUUUGAGCAUUCAAGAAGUCCUGCCACAGCUAUGGGUCUCGCAAACACCCAGACUCGUCCGUGCUUAUCACAAUCGCGGCACAUUUGCGCCUCCGCAAGUCGAGCAUGUCACGCAUGAGAUUGCAGAAUGGAAGAAGGCACAUGAGCAUGAAAUCAGAGGGCUGGUGGUGUUAGUCGAAGAAGUCCUCAAAGUAGUGAAAGAGCAUGGUAGGAAUGCUGUCAUAAAAUGA